UAUUUGAAUCCCAGCAGCGGGCGACGACGCGACCGCGACGGCGCCGGCGGUGCGGCCCCGGCGCGACCCUAACGGCGUCCUCCCGCCGCGGUCCGCGUCCCGGCCUGGGCCGCGCCGGCUUCCUGGUCCGCCCCGGCGGCCCUCAUGGCGCUGCUCCGACGCCCCACGGUGUCCACUGACUUGGAGAAUGUUGACACGGGAGUUAAUGCUAAAGUUAAGAGUCAUGUGACUAUCAGGAGGACAGUUUUAGAAGAAAUUGGAAAUAGAGUCACAGUGAGAACCACUCAUGUAGCUAAGAGAGCUCAGAACGCCACAGCAGCUAUUCAGCCCACCAAAACAACAAAUGUCUACAGACAGCUGAAACCUACUGCUUCUGUGAAACCAGUACAGAUGGAACCGCAGCCUCCACAGGGUCCUUCUGCCGCUCCGGAAGAUGUCUACAUGAAGGAGGAAAACCUCUGCCAGGCGUUCUCUGAUGCUCUGCUCUGUAAAAUUGAGGACAUUGAUGACAAAGACCAGGAGAACCCUCAGCUCUGCAGUGACUACGUCAAGGACAUCUACCAGUAUCUGAGGCAGCUGGAGGUUCUGCAGUCCAUAAGCCCACAUUUCUUAGACGGACAGGACAUCAAUGGACGCAUGCGUGCCAUCUUGGUGGACUGGCUGGUCCAGGUCCAUUCCAAGUUCCGGCUGCUGCAGGAAACCCUGUACAUGUGCGUUGCUGUCAUGGACCGCUUUCUGCAGGUUCAGCCAGUCUCUCGAAAAAAACUACAGCUUGUUGGGAUCACGGCUCUCCUCGUGGCUUCCAAGUAUGAGGAGAUGUUUUCUCCAAACAUCGAGGACUUCGUCUACAUCACAGACAAUGCUUACACCAGUUCCCAGAUCCGAGAAAUGGAGACGCUGAUUUUGAAAGAACUGAAAUUUGAAUUGGGUCGACCCUUGCCACUGCAUUUCCUAAGGCGGGCCUCAAAAGCCGGGGAGGUGGAUGUGGAGCAGCACACGUUAGCCAAGUACCUGAUGGAGCUGACGCUUACUGACUACGACAUGGCGCACUACCACCCCUCGAAGCUGGCGGCCGCUGCUUCUUGCCUGUCCCAGAAGGUUCUAGGCCAAGGGAAAUGGAACUUAAAGCAGCAGUACUACACCGGGUACCGGGAGGAGGAGGUGCUGGAGGUGAUGCAGCACAUGGCCAAAAACGUCGUGAAGGUCAAUGGAAACCUGACCAAGUUCAUCGCCAUCAAGAACAAGUACGCAAGCGGCAAGCUGCUGAAGAUCAGCACGAUUCCUCAGCUGAACUCCAAGGCUGUCCAGGACCUGGCCUCCCCGCUGCUCGGCCGGGCCUAGGCUGUCGGAAGAUGCUUUCUCUGCACUCUGUCGUGCUGACCCGGAACUCGACUUUGUACAUAGUCCUCUGGUCUCUGAUAAAACUGUCUCAGACCUAUUUUCUAAAGAUACUCUGAGGAAAAUAAAGCUAUUGAUUUUUCUUAA